UUCAUGGAGCCGUCAGUUUGUAAACGAACGGGAAGGCCUAACGUUAGUACCAUAAAAGCUAUCGAAAGAGUGUAUUACUUUACUAUUCAGUUUCUGUAUUAGUAUUAUAUUGUAAUUUGUGUAUGAUUGGCAUCCUGGGAACAACAAACUUCUCUUAAUGUAGUAUCUAUAGCGUAGAAGUUCCUUUGUUCUUUUCAUAGCCGAUGCAUGGAUGACCGCGAAUAAUGCCAAGUAGGUCACCUGGGCCACCCGGAAACUUCAUAAUCAUUUCAGGUGCAGCAAAUUACACUAUUUGAUAGUAACACAAGUCAACAGGAUCACUUUCUGUCAUUGGAGGAAGUUCAUCUUUAUGGAACAUACUCACAUUACAGUUUCCAUCCAGAUUACCAAUCACUGCCUUCUUUUAAUGGCCAGAUUGAUUCAAACACCAGUGCCAUGUGUCCUGAGCAAGAAAAAACAAGUAGUGCAUCAAGACAUCGGAUAAUAAGCAGUUGUCUGAACUCAUUUAUCCAGAGUUGUCAGAAACAUAAGGAGCAUUUAGAGCAGACUGAACAAUUCCAGAAGAUCUUGGAAAUCCCAGAGUUGUCAGAAACAUAAGGAGCAUUUAGAGCAGACUGAACAAUUUCAGAAGAUCUUGGAACAUCCCAUGGACCUUUGUGAUAAUCAGGCUCCCUUUUCUUCAAAUUCUGAUGCUGAAAAUAACUUAAUAGAUUUGGAACCAGAUGUUCUAGGUCAAAAAAUCAGUUGUAUGAUGUCCUUGCAGAAUUCUAGCUCUCACAUUGUAGGUACUGCAUGUAUUCAGGAAUGUGAAUCUGUGAAACACUGGCAAAGUGGUUAUGAAGAGCAAUUAAAUGAAAAUGAGAAAAGACUUGUUUCUAAAGCCAAUAACAAAGAUGAAAGUCACCUUUCACAGAUCAUGAGUCCACUUGGAAUACAAAAAUAUUAUCAAAACUUAGGAAAUUAUGUGUUUUGCAGUAGUUCUGGAAGCUCUAAAAUCGCAGUUUCUGAAAGCCAAAUGAUUACAAUGAAUGGAUUUUGCAGUUCUUGGAAGAAAAAAAACUUGUUCAAUAGAUGUGUUCAACCCAGUAGGUUUCCAUUUGAUCAAUCUGAGCAAUUGGUGGAUCUGUCUUUUUCUGCAGAGUCUCUGUCCUUGCAGUUUUCAUCAAACUCUAUGUAUACCAGCCGAAGCACUGAUUCACCAAUGCCCUCAUUAACAAAUUCAAGAACUGCAUUGGGACCCAGUGUAUCAUUACUAUUAAAAAACCAGGAUCGUAGAAAAUUCUUAGAAUAUGCUCCCAUCAACUCUGCUUCUAAUUGUUCAUCUAAUGAAACUAGAAAAGAGUAUAAUGUAAAAAAUAUUUUGGAAUCACAGCCUUUUGUAUUCAGUACAGCCAUGCCUUUAAAUACUAAUAAUUCAAAUACAUUGAAUCUACCUACAUCUUCAUUACAAGUUCUCUACUCAUCUUCUCUUGUUCCUGAUAUUUUUACUGAUAUAAAUCAAUCAGUGGAAACAGUUGCUGACUGUGUUUCAGGUUCUUUAGUCCAAAGUACUACCUCUGUGUUACAUCCUUUUCAAAGCAUAUCAGAAAAAAGCAGUCUGGUUUCAAAUAUAUGCACUGAUCAAAGUGACCCUCAUGCCUCAUGCCAGGCAUCCAAGAUUCAACAUCUGCCUGUGAUAAGCACUUCUGUAGCUACAAACAGAGAAACAUUUGUAUAUACUAACAACUCUUCACAACCUGUGAAGCUUACUUUGCCAGAUAUUCAAAAUCAGGACUGGUGGACAAGGUUGGAGCGCUUAAAGAACAAUACGAAAGUUGAAGUUCCUUCAUGUAAAUGCUUUGGAACUGAGGAAGCAGUUCAUGAAAAGGCUCCUUUCUACACACACUUGGGUGCUGGACCCUCUCUUACCUCUAUUCGUGAUCUUUUAGAAAACAGACUUGGACAGAAUGGAAAGGCAGUGAGGAUAGAGAAGGUUAUAUAUACAGGAAAAGAAGGGAAGACCCCCCAAGGUUGUCCAAUGACCAAGUGGAUUAUACGACGAUCAAGUCCUGAGGAAAAACUGUUGGCAUUAGUUCGACAUCGAGAGGGUCAUAAAUGUAGCACAUCAUUCAUCAUUAUUUUAAUUGUUGCCUGGGAAGGGGUACCAUCCAAGACAGCUGAUGAGCUGUAUGACACAGUAGUGCACAAAACUGUGAAUUUUGGAUUGCCAACACAAAGACGUUGUGGUAUGAAUGAAGUAAGAAACUGUGUUUGUCAAGGACUUGACCCAGAUACAUGUGGAUCAUCAUUUUCCUUUGGUUGUUCAUGGAGUAUGUACUACAAUGGUUGUAAGUUUGCAAGAAGUAAAGUUGCCAGAAAGUUUAAGCUGUCUGAGCAGAAAGAGGAAGAAGAAUUAGAAAACAAGCUUCAAGACCUAGCUACAAAAGUUGCUCCUUUAUAUAAGAAACUUGCUCCUGAAUCAUACAACAAUCAGGUAGAGUUUGAAACUGAAGCAGUAGCAUGUAGGUUAGGUUACAAGACAGGACGACCUUUUUCAGGAGUGACAGCUUGUGUGGACUUUUGUGCCCAUGCUCACAAGGAUUUACAUAACAUGAAUAAUGGUUGUACAGUGGUUGUUACACUUACUAAACACAGAGACUGGGAAAAACCAUCUGAUGAACAACUGCAUGUUCUACCUCUAUAUGUACUUGACAAGACUGAUGAGUUUGGCAAUAAGGAAGGUCAAGUUGCUAAGAUAAAUUCUGGGGCAAUUGAAGUUCUAGAAAGAUACCCAGUUCAAUUGAAGAUUAGAAGUAAUCCAUUAGGGCCAUGCAAGAUAAGGGGGAGAAAAAAUAAGAAGGCAUCUUCACCAUGUAAGACUGAACACAGCUCCAUACUGAAACGUGGUCGUGGAAGAACUCCAAGAAAGUCAGGGAGAUAUGUUUUUAAUUCACUGCCAUUUUCAGACAGUUAUGUCUGUAAUACUAAAGAUAAGAUAUUGUUUGAAACAAUUCAUGAUCAUCAAAACAUGUCUUUUAAGAAUUCAUCAGCUGACACUGCCACUUUAACUCAAUUACAAACCACACCUGGUAAUAAAUGUGUGUCUGUGAAAAGAGAAUGUGAUGAAAACUCUUCAUAUAUGUUGAAUGUAGCAAAAAAUGGGCACUCUUCCUUGCAAGUGCCUUUAGAGGUUAAAGAUGUGCAGGAACUUCCAAAUAAUUCUCAUGUUUUUCCAAAUCAUAAAAGUAUUUUUUCUCUAAUUGGGCCUCAAACAGAAAGAUUAAAUGAGUAUUCUGAUCAGAAAAAGGUUAAAUCCAAAUUGAAGUUUGGUUUAGUCAAAGACAUACCUAGCAGUGAUAUUGGAAAUAUUGUCUUAAGCUCUACAGCAAGUCAUGCCAAUAACCACUCUGUAACAGAAUUUGUUAAAUCAUCACCUAAUGAAUUAACAUUUCAGUUUCCUAAGUCACAGAAGCUUGUUUCAAGUAGUAGUUCUCUUCAUUCUUCUGAUAUUCAGGUCCACACAUCACAACAUGAUUAUGAUUCUAGGGAGGGUAUGAACCAACAAACUUUGAAAUUGUAUACUGAUAGUCAAACAAAACCACCAAGAGAAUUAACAAUACCUCAAGAUAUUAGGUGUUUUGUUUCUUUGCCACAAGAUGAACCUCAGUACUCAGUUUAUCAAAGCCAAAGAACUUUGCCUACUAACUGUUCCCAGAAGAGGGGUAUGUCUGCAGUUGGUAAUGCUCAUCAGCUGAAAAAAGUGCAAGAAAGAUAUCCUUCACGUGAGCCACCUUCUAAACAGUUUGUGUUUUCUGCAACAGCACACAGCUCAAUCAUUAAGCCUUCUCCUCUCAAAACCUAUCAAGCCUCAAGAGCAACAGCAAUGCCUGAAUUUUUGUCCCAAUCUACCUCUAAAGAUUUUCUUCAAGUGGCCCAACAGCCUUUAUUGAUUCAAGAAAGGAAAACAUCCGAUAAUGCAUCUUCAAUCUUGUCAUCUGAAGUUACUCAUCUCAAAGGCCGGUCUGAGAUGAAAAAAGCUGAAAACAAAUAUUCUUCAGUAAAAUUUAACACUGAUCACCACAGUCCAGAACCAACUUGUCAAACAUGCAUUCAGUCAUUAGUGUCACAAAAUAAGAAUUUACAGAUAUUCUCUGGCCAGAACCAACUUUCAACUAUUAAGAAAUCUCAGUUUAUAAAUUCAUGUCAAUCAGUAUCUGUUUCUCAUCAACAUGGAGUUCUUACACCACACCCAAAAAGUUUGUGCAUGAAUAAACACACUCAAUCAAUACAGAACUCGUACUCCCCAGUAAAUAUGAUAUCUACUAAAUUUUAUUCCAAUAUGAAGAGUAUGUCAUUUCCAUCGGUAAAUUCUUCGUUGCAGACUGAAAAAGAUCUUCAUUAUGCAUACAAUAGAGAAAAUAAAUGCCUUAAUCUUCAGAAUAAAGAAAUGCUACCCCAAACUUUGCCUGCAUCUUCAACAGAACUCAGUGUUUUGUCAACUUCUGGUCCUUUACAGUACAACAUUUCAACAAAAUUUCAAGAACUACCAGUUGAAAUACCAUUAAGAGAUCAAAUAAGCCAGCAGAAUAUGUCUUUAAAAGACGAUUAUUCUGUAGAAGAGAAAUCGUCAGCUGAAAAUUCUAACAAAUUUCUUCAUUCAGCACAUGUUUUAAAGUUAGUUCCAAAAAUAAAGCAACAUAAAGUGUAUCAUACUGAGAAAGUACCAGACAGUAAUGUACUUUAUACAGAUUCACUUUUUAGUAUGCAAGAAAACUCUUCACUUCCAAAACAGUUAUUACAAUCUGACCUUAAGCAGGUUUGGGAUGAGUUCAGUGAAGACUGUACAGAACAAAGACUAAUUUCUGUAACUCUUGGGCAGAAGAACCUUUCUACAAACUCUGAACAUGUCUUAGAUCAUCCCAUAUCAUCUUGUGCACAACAGAGAACUGCUUCGGUGAUAAAAAAGCCAUGCUUUUCAACUAACUAUAAGCAAGUUCCAGAUACAACUCUGCUACCUUGCAUACAACAAAUGGAAAGCUUACUUUCCAGAAGAGAGAUGAACCAUACUUGUAAAAAAAAUAAUUUUCAACCCUAUAAACUACAUCCAACAAUGACACAUCUUUCAACUUUUCCUAAUAUCCAAACUUCAGAAUUUUCUGUAUCAGCAGAACACAAGGAAGAAAAACAGUUGUCAUCACCAAGAAAUACAGGCUGUCCUAGUUCAGAGAGUCCUGCUGUUUCACCCUACACACAAAAACCAAAAAUGUGUCCAUCUCCAAAACACAUAAAUCUAUUACCACAUACAGACUAUCACCAGAUUUCAAAUCCACCUACAUCAAUAAACAUUGACCAGGAAAAGACAACUCCCCUUCUAAGACAAGCAGGUUUUAUUUCUAAUCCUCAAACUCUUUGUCCAACCAGUACACUACACAUAAAUCCAAAAGAAACAUCUCCUGAACAAAAAAGGGCAUUCGUUGAAGAUCAUAAUUUACCCAUGUCAGCACUCUUACAGGAAAAAGAAUUGAUUCCAUUUCCAACACUAGCAAAUUUUUCGGUAGAAAAGCUACACCAAAAUCUUUCUAUGACAUCCUCCAUUGGGCAAGGGAAAAUGCAUUUAUUUCCUAAGCAUGUAAAUGUUCUUAAUCUCCAGAACCAUAAUACACCCAUAUCUCCUUCCAUAGAACAAAGACAAAAACUUUCAUCUCCUACAGAAGUCAGCCUUUUUAAUCUCCAAAGCCAGAAUCCACCCAUAGUUCCAAACACAUCCAAAAUAGUAACACUUUCAUCUCAUAAGCAUGAAAAUCUUCUUAAUCUUCAGAGCCACAAGCCACCCAAAGAUCUGUCCAUGCAACAACAGAAAAUGUUUGUAUCUUCUACACAAGUAGAACGUGUUAAUGUCCAGAGUCCAAAUCAACCGGGAUUGACAUUUUCACAGGAAAGUAUCAUUUCACAAUCUCCGACACAUUCAAACCAAUCGUAUAAUUUUGAGAAACAAGACAGAUUUAUGUUUCCAUGUGGCGUAAGAACAGAAUCACAUACAUAUACUGACAAUGACAGUUUUUUGUGUAAUCCCUAUGAUUAUUCAACACCACUUAGUACACACAUGAAAACAAAUAAACUUUCCACAGUAAAGAAAGGAUGUUCUUUAAAUUUUAACAAGGGCAAACAUCAAGUUGUAUCCGUUUGUUCACAACAGACAGUUAUGUACUCUUGCCAGACUCAAUCUAUUUGCACUCCUAACCAUUGUCAAACUAAAGCCACAAACUCUUUAACAGUGCAAAAACAGACUCCUCAACCUUCUGACUCCCCAAAUUCAGUUUCACCCCUUGAUCUAAACCUGAGUAACACCAGAUCACCUGCAUUUCAAAUAAACUAUUCAUCUUCAUCAGCAAGACAGGUCAGUCCUAAUUGUAAUCAAAGACUUGUAUCACCGUAUACCCAAAAAAUAAUUAAUAUGCCCCUAAGACAAACAACCCAAGUUAUUCAAAGCCAGGAUCAACCACCAUCUGUUGGACAAACUCACCUUAAUACUAAUGAAAAGCUAUGUCCACUUGUGGUUACUUGUAAUGAAGGGUGUGAUUUGUCAUUUAACCAAAGCAAUACUUUAUCAUUUUGUAAUCCAGAGCCUGCAAUCUCAUCAUCUGUUGCAGUGAUUUUGUCUAAUGGUUUUCCUUGUAGGCCACAGAUAACAAAGCCCUCUUAUCCUCGCCAAACAUUUGGAUGCUCGAUAAUACCUAGCAGCUCAUCUGUUAACUCUCUUUAUGAGACAAGACCACAGUUAUCAUCUAACAAAAUUCAGUUUGUAUCACCUACUCGGCCCAUGUUUAGCCAGCAUAUUGAAAAACAAGUUGGUAUAUCCAUGGCAAAUUCCAGAAACUUUACCGUUGAUUUUAAAUGUAAGGCUCUCAAUAAGCUGCCCUUUCAGAAGGAACAGUUGUUUGUUUUGGAUAACAAUUCAAGCAUAAGUAAAUCAUUGACAUGGUCAAAAUCCAGAGCUGACAUUCCAGAAUACAUAAGUGAAAACACUUGUUUUGAUGUCGUCCAAAAUUUAAACCAGGAUUUGAAUGUUGAUAGUAAGCAUGUAUAUUGUGAUAACCUAGACUAUCCUUUAGCUGUUAGCCAACACACUUACUUUUCACAAGACAAAUUAACUGAACAAACAGUACCUACCACCAUUAAAAAGGUUUCUUCGUUCAUUGAGAUAGAAGAGGCACAAAGUAAGGCCCAGAAUUCUGGGUCUAACAAUUCAUAUGAAGUACCCUCCAAGAAUUUUUAUUCAGUUCAGGGCAAACCUGAAAACUUCAUACCUCCUAAGAUCGUCAUGCCGCCUCCUGCUUCCCCACACAGUAGAAAUCAUCCUUUUGUACUUCAAAGCAGCAAAAAAAAUCCUUCUAUGUCAUCCUCUGAAUCAGAUCAUUCAGUGUGUGAUAGAAAUGUUUCAAAGAUAUUUCCUAUUUUAAUUUCUGAGAAUAAUUGCCAAAAUGUACAGUCAACAUGCCCCACACCCUCUUAUAGCUUGAGUCUGAAGAAGGAUAAGAGCCGAUCAGUAUGUUCUCAGUCAUCAAAUAUGUUUCCUGUUUUAGAACAUCCAAAACAUUCUUUCACUGAUUCCAUAAGUAGUUUAUUAUAUGACAAUAUAUUUUAUGAAAAAGGACAAGAAACUUGUGUAUCACAAGAUGGAGAUUUUUCAGAAGAAGAGAAUCUUGUUACAAGCAUUUCAUCAAGUUUUAAACAGGAGAAAAAAAAUGAUAGUUUUAAGACUGAAUUUGUUGUUCCAAGGCAACAAAUUCCCCAUUGUACAAAGCUGUCUUGUGAAGGUUAUGAUAAUAAAAAACUUGAAAAACAAUCAAAUGUAAAUUGCAAUGAAAUAGAUCAUUCCAAUUUGGAAGGCCAUAAGCCAGUUUGGAAAACUAACAAAAUUAAAGAUUCAAAGUUAUUAUCUAAGUCUUGUUGUAGUGCUGAGAAAGAUUUGAUAUUAUCUAAGGCUGUGGUUUAUGUUCAAAAUGAAAGCAGCAAUAUCAAAAAUGAAAAAGAUUUGUUGCAUAACCAUCCAAAAGGACCAAUAAUUGGUUGCUUCAACCAUUCAGAAGAAACAGAUAGUGAAAAAACAUACAAAAACUUGACUUCUAAAGGAUCUCCAGAUUUUCUUCCACAUAAGCAUGAAAGUAUUAUUAAAAAUGAGCUUCUGCAUGCAAGUGUUAAUCAUAGGUCUUUAACAAAUACACAAACUUUCUGUUCUUUUCCAAAACUCCAACAAGAGGAUCAGAUUUAUACAUCAGAUAAAUCCUUUAUUAUCUCGGAACAGAAAAAUAGUAACUCGUCUGGGGCAAAUUUUAAAAAUUGCUCUGAUUUAGAACAAGUUGAUAAGAUGGACUCAAACAAUUCAUUCAUUUUAAAUAAUGCUGAAUUUGUCACCACACAAACACACUUUUCUGAUUAUCAACCUUCUUCAAUGUUAGGUAAGUUCCCGUCAUUUGUUCAAAGCAAUCCUUCUGCAGAUAUUUCUUGUACAAAAUUGUCAAGUGAAAUUAAGAUGCAAGUAUCUUCAAAAUGCAGUGAUGAUGUGCUAUUUAAUACAGUUUCUAAUGUACAUAAUCCAGCAUGUAAUGCUGCUAAUCAAAGAUUAUUUUCAGUUCCAGAUGAUUUUAAUGAUCUUUCUGAUGAUCCUUUUGAUCCAUCUUCUUUUCUUCCAUCUUUUCGUAGUGUUUUUCUAAGUAGUGAUGAAUCACAAGAUGAGGAAGAGAAAUCAAACAUGUUAUUAGCUCAGGAUAAUAAGACUCAAACUUCUAAGAAAAGUUUAAACAGUUUUUCUGUUACAAAUAAAGCCGAGCAGCAGAAUUCUGGAAAUCCUAUGCAAGACUCCCAAAGACUUCUGGAUACACAAAAUAAACACAAGUCAACAUUUGGCUACAACCCUAAUAUCAAAACAGAAGUAUCUUCUGACACAGACUCUUGUCCACAAACUUCAGAAACAGUUUUUAAGUAUAAUUUUUCAGAUAGUAAUAGCUCUAUGCCUCAAAACUCGAUACAAAGUUUUAAACCAUUUGCUGAUUUUUACACAAAAAAGUUUUUUAGUUCAUCAAAUUUAAAAGUUCAUGACAUUGUUUCCAAUAAAACGAAUAAUCUGUUAUCAGUACCUAAUAAAGAGGAGGAGGGAGAACCUCUCAAAAACAUAUUUUUAGUUCAAUCUGAUUGUGAAUCAACCUUUCAAGAUGAAGAGAUUGGGGGUGUGGCUAUUGCCUUGACUCAUGGCUCAGUUUUGUUUGAAUGUGCUAAACAUGAACUUCAUGCAACUACUGCUUUGAAAAAUCCCAACCGGAAAGACCCCACACGUAUUAGCAUGGUCUUUUAUCAACAUAAAAACCUGAACUAUCCAAACCAUGGUGAAGCAGAAUGGGAAAAAAAGAUGGAAGCCAAACGACUUGAAGAUUUUUCAAAUGAAAAUUGUCUGUCCUCACAAAAGAAGAGAAAACUUAAUGCUCAUUUUAAGACAACCACACAUGAUGACGUAAAUGCUCAAAAAUCUCUUAUGUCAGUUGCUACACGCUCCUCAGAUGUAUUGACAACAAAUGCAUGGACAACUGUGUGUUGUAAGCCACAUAUGGUCAUUUCUGGCCCUUAUGGAAACUGGAUUUGAGGACUUUUUACCUUAUAUUUUAUUGUUGUCAUGAUGUUGGAAUUUUAACUAAUGUGGCUUGGAUCUACGUGAGAACUCUCAUGAAUUAUUUGUACGUUGUCUGUGUGAAUUUCGUAUUUUAUGACUUCAUCUGUUUUUUUUAUUGUACCUUUAUUAGGUGGAACCGUAUACAUCUACAAAUAAGUUUUUAAGUUGAAGUGAUUGCUAAACAUGUAUCUCACCUGAUCAAGAUUUUUAAAUGCCAUUAAAUUGUAUAUGAUACUUUGUUUUUAUAUUUAUUUUAAAUUAAAGCAGUUGAAAUAUCACAAUUGUGGAUGUAUCUCUUGAUAUGUUUUUAACUUUGUGUUGUUAUUUUUUUAUAACAAUUCAUGUUUAGCAUAAGAUUGCUUUUGAGCACACUUAAAUGAAUUGUUUUACAACUUGAUAUUUUAUUUGUAUUUAUGUUGUAUGUUAGAUGAUACCAUGAAUCGUAUCCACUGCCAGAUGUAAAUAUAGUUCCUGUCUAUAAAAUAUAUUCUGAGAAUGAAAAUUUUUUAAGUUGUUUGAACAUUUUAUCUGGAAUAUUUAAAUUUUUAGAAUAAUAUUACUUUGUUCAGAUUUCAAAGUUAUUUAACAAAUAUUUGUUUGUAGCUUAGUCUUUAUUUGUGAGUGAACAUUGUUUAUAUUAUCAAGGCUUUGAAAUAUUUAGAGGAUAAAACUAGGCCAACAUUAUGACAUGAAAACAAUCAACCAGCAUAAACACUGCAAGUUUUGGUACUGCCACACUUUUAUUCAAGCCUUGGAAGUAUCCAGUACAAACUACUGUUUAUUGUAUGUCUAGUUUAAUUUCAUGGUGCUCAUACUCUUAGGUAUCAGAUGUCAACUCAAGCCCUAACUAAUUUUAAACAUUAUGAAAUGUAUUUCCAUGUUUUUAGUUUAUUUUAAUUGAAAUCAAGUUAGAAAUAUUAAAUCUCUCACCUAUCACUUUUCUAGAAUUGUAUGUCUGCUCACUCAUUUUGGGAUUACCUAGAAUGCAUUAUCUACUGAGUUGGAAUACAUAUAAAACAUAUGAAAGUAUGUAAUGUUGUGUGGCUUAGUUUUCAUAGAACUUGUUUUAGCUUGCAUUGCUUAUUUAUUUUUGUGAUCUAUGACUGUAGUUUUAUGGUAAGUUGUUAUUGGCAGGUUUAUAUAUAUAUAUAUAUAUAUAUAUAUUUAUUUAACUACUUGAUUUAUGUUUUUGUGUUUUAUAUUCAACUGGCAUUCUUAAAUUUUAAUAAAUUUGUACAUAAAAUUUGUUGGAAAUUAAGGUGAAAAAAGUUUAAAGUAACCAAAAUUUGAAAAUUGUGUUUUAAUAAUUUGCCUGCAUUAUUUGUACAUCUGAUGAAAUGUGGAAAUUAAAUGUUGUAAUAUAAUUACUAUAAUUUUAAAAAUAAAUCCAAAAAAUCUUUGCACAUAGUUGAUUAAAUAAUACAAAAUUUUACACUUAUACUUAAUGUGUUCUGAUGAUAAGCUACAUAAAAAUAUUAGAUUUUUUAACUUUUUAAGUUGAGACAAAUCAUGAAUAAGUGAUUUAAUGUUAAUAAUAUACUGUAAUUCUAGUGAUGUUUUGCCACCUUUGUGUUGAUCAAAUGUGCAGUUUACUGUAGUAUGUAUAUUUAAUCCAAACAAUCCAAGGCCCUAUCAUACCUUCAUUACAAGUGUGUAUUUGUUCAAACAGUGUUUUUCAUUUUGUUUUUAUUUGAUUAAAACAUUGAAAAAUAGUAGCAUUGGUGAUGGUAUUAGCUUAAUACAUGUCGAUUUGUAUGUCUUAAUCAUUGUAUUGUGAUUAUACCUUUUUGCUUACAAAAAAAAAAUUGACAUCAAAGAAAAAAGGCACUUUCAGUUGUGUAUUUUGUUAGUACUGGUGGUGAGCUACUCUCAACUACAAUAGUAAUCAUAUCUACUUAUCCAUAGCAGGAUAAACAAAUAAACUGAAAACACAUCUUUAUUGAUAGACCAAUUAAGAGAGUGUGACAUCACUUUAAAAGAUACCUAACACGAUUUUACGAAAGUAUAGUGUUGUGUUCCCUUACUUAUCAACACUUUUUGUCAUUAUUCAAUUGCUUAGAGAUUCCUACAAUUAUUCAUAAUGUAUCGUGUAAGUUCUUCUCUAGUAAGAGGAUCUUGAUAAGUCUUUGGUUUCUUUGCCUGUGUACAAAAAAUUAUGAAUACAACUCUAUGGUGUUUCUUUUUCUCUCGUUAUAUAUAUAUAUUUAAAUGUGUUUGACAAUUUGGGGUAAAAAUCUAAUUUUUUUUUUCAUCUCUCUCUCUCCCUAAAAUAUAGAAUUGGCCAGAAUGAUCUCAUUGUUGGCAACCUAAAACAUUGUAAUAAAUUCAAUUUUUUGGUAUCUUCAUUGCACAGGAUUUCAACCGAGAACACCUAACAGGCAAGGCCUUAUUUCAGAGUCAUUUGACUGCCCCACAUUAGGCAUCAGUUACAUCUUUAGCAUGCAAGAUUUGAACCCGGGACCUGCUUGUACUACAAGCGAGUGCUUUACCACCUGACGGUCGUUGCCAUGAGAGAGGGAGGGGGCGUAAUCUGGGAACGACUCUCUUCCCGUUAAAAAAACAAAAAACAACAACAUUUUGAUGGACACGUGGUUGUAAUUUUACAUUCAUAACCCCUUUUAUUUGCUAAUGUAUUUAUUCCAUUUGACAUGAACCUUGCUAUGGCUAUAUGUCCAGGACUGCUACCGAGUUCCUGUUUAUUUAGGCCUACCUAUGUUAUGGAUUUCAGAAACGACUCAACCGAGAAAAAUCAUGGCGACGUCCAUGCGACUGAAAUAAAGGGUUAACACACUAGUGGUUGUUAGUAAGUCUUUCUUUUUUUAACAACUUCGUCACUAUAUUAUAGCUUUGUUCACCAAAGCAACUACUUCACCAAAUACUAUUUAACAAAAAACUUUCGUUUGUGUAAACUUAAUCUGAUAAAUAUAGAAGAAGAAAAAAACGUGGGAAACAUAUAUUAAGAACUUUACUAGACACAAGUGAGUGAAUAACUGGUUUAACUUGAAAAUCAUGUACAUACAAUAUCAAGCUGAAGUAGUGGCUCACGGCGGUAAAUCUGUAGGAUUACCACCCUAAAAAAUCGGGUUUUAAUAUGCACGGUAGGCAGAGCACAGAUAGCCCGUUGUAUAGAUUUGUACUUAACGACAACCAAAUGAAACUGAUCGGCCUGAAGUAUAAUAUGCUUGAGUUUGACAAAUGAAUUGCAAUAUGACUAGCUUUAUAACUCAAUUUUUUUACUAUCAUUUCUCUAAAAAUGUUUAAUAAAUUUUGAUCUAACUAGUUAUGGGAAGAUGCAGUGUGAACGCGAAAAGUUUCUGCGUUAUUUCUGUUAGAAUUAUUUCUAAAUAUUUACAGGGAUACUGUGUACGAAAGAGAGUUAAUGGAAAUGAAACGAAAUCUAUACCUACCUCCAAUCCAUAUGAAACAUUAAUUUUUUCUUAGCCUUGGAGAUUUUGUAAACUCCUUGUACAUGACAGAGCGAAUUGAUAAUUUUUUUCAUAUUCACGUUCAGAAUUUUAAUGUUUUAUAUCUGUCGUACAUGCGAUAAUGUUUGUGAUAAAUUUUUCAUAUUCACGUUCAGAAUUUUUUUAAUGUUAUAUAUCUGUUGUACAUGCGAUAAUGUUUGUGAAAAUUUUCAUUUGUUGAUAAUACCCAGUACGUUUGUGGUUUUAUUACUCUGUUUUAACAUGACGUUUUUUGUUAUUGUUUUCUUAACAGUAUUUAAACUAUGUGGUUUUUAUAA